GUUGAGUCACCGCCAUCUAUACCUAGCAUAAAUACCUCACCCUUCUCUUUCUUUUUUAUUUCACCCUCCAAUAUUAGUUUCUACGCGAUUUUCUGUAUCUCUUCAUCGCCUUUGAGUACCAAGCAAAACCCUAACACAGUCUCGUUCGAUUUCAAUUUGCAACUCCGUUGCAGUUAUUCAAUUCCACCUUCACCGAAGAAUGGCAGCUAAACCUCUAACAACGGAGGCAAUUGCGCUUACGGAAAAGAAGAUGGACAUGACACUAGAUGACAUAAUCAAAAUGUCUAAAAAUACGAGGAAUAGGAAGCAAAGAAGGGUUGUGAACAAAAGUCAAAAAUUUUCAAACAAUUUUACUCAAGAUAAGUCUUCAAAGGUGCAGCGUUAUAUGGAUUCAAGAGCUUCUCUUAGACAGGGGGCUCUUGCAAAAAGAAGGUCUAAUUUCCAGGGAAACCAAUUUCCUGUUGCAGUUGAAGUUGCACGAAAAGCUGUUACUGCUCCUCUGCGUAAUAGAGUUCCUAAUCGUAAUAGGGUGGCUAACUGGAAUAAAGCAAGAUUUCGAGUUCCUACAAGUCAGAGAAGGGUUGCUAAUGGAGGCAUCACUUCCAAGCAACCACUUCCUUCCCCUCAGAAGCAGCAGGCGAAUGUGGAUAUAAUGCCCAAGCAAAAGCCUCAGACGCUGGAUUCACUGUUUGCAAACAUGAAGGAGCAAAGAAUGAGAGUUCUGUCAAUGCAGAAUAAUGCUGUGCAGCGCAAUGGAGGUGGAAAUCGGAGGCUCCCAUGGGGAAGAGGUCGAUUUGGCAACUACUAAUAUGUUGGCUUGAAUAGGAAUUUGAUGAUAUCAUUUUCAGAACUUAUGUCUUGGCCCGCUGCUUCUAUACUCCUGGGUUGAUGCAACUGGAAAUUUUCUCGUGCAGCAGUGAACUCUAGAUUUUUCCCCCCUGCUUCUUUGAAACUUGAACGUACUCGUGUUCUUUUUGCUCGUCCAUUGUAUAUUAGUUUCUUUGGUGGCUUAAUGUUUGACUGUGAUUCUUGUUUGUGUCUGUUCUAUAUACGCGGGCACGGAAUUCUGGUUUUUCUAAGUUUAUGUUUUAACCUCUUGUAUAUGAUGAGCUUUUCCACGCCCUUCUCAUGAAAACGGGACGCUAAAAUUCGGUUGAUGGUUGGUGUUUUUAAGUGCGGCUCUUAUCCGUGUAUAAAUCUGGUUUUUUUG